AUGAAUGACCCUAACAAACAUUUGAUUAGGAGUCCAGCGUGGAAAAAUCCUCGUGAUAUUAUUAAGAAAGGAAUCCGCAAGAACAGACGAGGGUUAUCAGCCUCAUCUUCUUCAUCGUCAUCGUCAUCCUUAAAACAAUUAUUUAAUGAUGGUGAGGCAGAUGAAGGAUUUUCGAUGCUUUCGGCAAAUAUGUCGCGAGGAGCUGAUUCGAUUAUAAUAAAUCCAUUUCGACGAGCAUCCUGCAAAAGGUCAUUGAACCGAAAUCUUACCCCGAAGAAAAUUAGUGAUGACGGUGAUAUUUCAUCGACAGUUGCUGAUCUUAUUGCGGAUAGCAAUGCCUUGCAGGAGUUUCCGUCGAGCGUUUUUGACAGAAUGGAAAAAACUUGCAUCCCUAAAAAAACAGAAGCUAAAAACAACAAUAUCUCCGUGAACACUACCACUUCUUCUACUGUGGGAUCACUUCCAGUUGAUUUCUCAAGUAUUAAUGAAUUCAGUUGUUCAACUCCAAAAAAGAAAGCCUUAAGGAUAGAAGAAUCGAAAACAGAAGUUGAAUCACUUCCAGUUGAUCUUCGACUUGGUCUUAAAUUACGUUUAGAAUCGCCGAACCGCUUCUUCUGGUUGGAAAAAUCAAAAGGGAUCGCAGCUUAUGACGAUGCAAUCAAGAUAUUUUGUUCGCUACAGACUGGAACUGAUGAGAUGGCUUUGGAAACAACUGGAAGAUCGUUCAGCAAUUUGUCUAAAUUUCUGGCCUGUACUCUUUAUUGGCAAUUUCCAGAUUUAGCAUGGCAGCCGUCAUUUCCACGUCUGGAUAGUGACUCUCGAUUGAUGGCUGUGCGAAAUUCUGCUGUGCCAAGUUUACAUACACUUGGUGAUUCACUAGUUCAAGCAUUAACGAUGCAAUGGUUUUUAUCACUUGAACAACUCUACCAUUCAUGGCGAUUCGGAAAGCGGCAGUGCUUCUACGCCUGUUGUCCGACAUAUACAAUACUGUUUUGGAAAACUUCGAAAGGCAUCACUGAAAUAAAUGAAAAUUCAAGCAAAAGCGGUGAAAGAUAUAAUUUUCGGGUUGUUAUAACACCCACGUCAUAUGGAUUUCGUCAACAAUUACGAGAAGACGGUAUAAAAUAUUCGAUGCCAUUACGUCGCUCACGAAAUUCAUCAUCCAGACAUUCAAUUUUAAAUGAUAGUAGUUUGUUCAAUACCACCCAAAGUCAACCGUUAUUAAUUUCUGAUAAAAAGAAGGAACAAUCAUGGAUAUCAUUGGAUGGUUCACUUUCUGGAAAGCAUGAUGAUUUUGUUGUAAUGUGUGAUUCGAAGAAUGCUCAAAUUGAAGAUGAUGGAGGAGAAAAAGAAAAAAAUGACAUGGAAAACGAAAAUUCGGAUGACUUGAACAGCUCGAAUGAUACAGACAAUGAUGAAUGGCUGAGAGGAAUAGGUAUAUCGCCAAGGAAAACCCUGAAAAUUGCGCGAAAUAAAUCGGUGAUGUCAAGCAACUCUCUGGAUUACGAACGUUCGUUAUCGUUGGAUCCCGAUUUCAUGGAUGAAAAUAGGAAGAGUGCAAUUGUGCUGAACGAUUUAGAUAGCAUUACGGCUCUUUAUAAUAUGAUGACUACAUCCAAUUUUGGACGCGUUGCGACUGGGCCACAGGCUGGUUUUCCACCUACACUUUUGGCCAGACAACCCUUUUUGAACGCAGUACUGAAAAAUUUGAAAUGUCAAUAUCGAGAAUACACGAAAGCUGGCGCUGACUUUUACGUCUGCGAGUGGGAGAAUGGUCCUAUUAUGCCUCAUAUGCUCACAAUGUUGGAAAAUUUUCUUCGACACAGCUCAAAAUCGGAUCAACAAAGUUCCAUCAUAGGUCAAAUAAGCGGUCGUUUCAAAUGUCCAGGAAUGAAUGAUGCAGCUGGAAUUGGUGGAACGGCAGAUUUUAGUAGUUUUGAAUUUCGUCUUGGUUCUUUCUUCAAAUCAUAG